AUGGCCGUGCCAUCUUCUGAAUUUACCUUCUCAAUCAGCUCACAAUCUUCAGUGGCUUUCACCCCUUCGUCAUCAUCUCGAGACAGCAGUAACGAAGCAAACUCAGUUUUGACCCCAGAAACUCCGCGAUCGAUCCCUCUCUUCCAGAGUUUGAGUCUCAACGAUUCCACAGGCUCGCUGCUUUCCACUCCAUCUAGGUCACAAAAUGGAUGGCUAAGCCCGGGUAGCUCGCCUUCAACUUAUAGACAGCAGCAUAAUGCUUCUCCAAGUCCAGGGCCUGAGUUUCUAUCUUCAUCUCAUGGUAGGCAAAGUCUCAGAGGAAAUCAUUCGAUAUUUUCAAAUUCUGCGCAAGCCAAUUCAAGUGUUCCAGGGGCUUUUCCUGUCUCGACUAACGGAGAAGAAUCUCCUCUUUCUGAGAACGAUGCCUCCGAGAAUGAAGAAAACUCAGAUAGUGACGAAAGUAGCGGCAGUGAUGAAACGGCUGAAGCACCAACUGUUGAUAUACGUGAAGAGCCCCUUCCUGCUGCUCCCGUCUACAAUCACCGACUUCAAAAUGGGUUGAAAGCAGUCAAAAGCGAAUUAGCAUUUCUGGCAGACACCAUGAGACUCUCCGAGUUGAACCAAGAUCACUCUUCUGCUCUUCACAGCCUCUCUAAACAGGCUAAGAAAAUGAGCAUGUUUGAGUAUCCAGAAACUCGAACUGUGGGCUUCAUUGGUGAUUCUGGUGUUGGAAAAAGCUCUUUGAUAAACUCAUUGCUAGAUCAAAAAAGCUUGUCACGCUCAAGUAGCGAAGGUGUGGCUUGCACCUGCGUCGUGACUGAAUUCCGGCAUAUUGAUGACAAUCACACCGGGCCUUACACGAUUGAAGCGGACUUCAUGACCUCAGAAGAGAUGAAAAACCUCCUAGAAGAGCUUCUUACAAUCUUCCGUCAAUGCCAUGUUCCCCAAUUUUUUCAGGAGUUGAAGUCGUAUGAUGAGCAAACAAAGUGUCAAGAUGACGCCAAGAGAGUCUGGGAAACCUUCCAAUCUUUGUUCAAUGACCAGCCAGGUUUAACUAUGGAGCACCUCUCGGAAGACUACGAUGGGGCUCAUUUCAGUCUUCUCGCACAGUUAGAGCGAUGGGCCUCUGCUGGCUUGGUACACCGACCUGGUGGGCUUGAUGCGACCGAAUACUCUGUUAUUGCUGGUGAUAUAGAGGAGUGCAGAGACACCCUCGACAUGCUGACCGGCAGUAAUGCUCGUGAAGGUAAACCGGCGCUUUGGCCAUUCAUCAAGUUGAUUAGAGUAUAUCUCAAGUCACCCAUUCUGAAAACUGGCUUAGUGCUGGCUGAUCUACCCGGCUUCAGCGAUCUGAACUUUGCCAGAGUUCAAGCGACUGAAAGAUAUCUUUCUCAUGGCUGUGAUGAAGUUUUUGUUGUGGUCGACAUCGACCGAGCUUGCACAAACCCGUCGAUUCAAGACAUUAUGCGAAGAUGCAGAGAUGAUCAGCCGCGACGGAUCAUCUGCACAAAGUCGGAGGCUAUUUCACCUGAAGAAGUAUCUCGUACAGGUGACGCACAUGCUCGUCGAGUAAAGGAAAUGAAUAAAGACAUCCAGGCUGUCCAACAGAAAAUUCAAUCAACCGAGUCUAGAGCACGGCGAGCAUCUAAUACGAGGCGAGCAGAAUUUGCGGUCAAACUAUUCGAACUACGUAUGAGAAGACUUCUCAUCACUCGGCGAAACUUACAAGUAUCAGAGGGUCUCAUCGCAAGACAUCAAAAUGUCAGGGUUUUUUGUAUUAGCAACACACUCUAUUCCCAAUACCGUUAUAGCGGAAACAAUGAGGAGGAGGCGUACGUUGACCUGGCAGGGAUUCGAGAACUGCGCCGCUACUGCCAACUCGUACCAUCCGAGGCCCUGAUGCGCUCAACAUCGGAAUUCUUGAAUCAUCAAGUGCCAGCCCUGCUCUUAUCUUUGCGUCAGUGGGCUCUGUCUGGGUCGGAUUCUGUCACAGGUGGAAAUGCCUCUAUCCUUCGACAGGUUCUAGAAAAUGCGCAGGAUGAUUUCCAACGGGAACUCAUUUCAAAUCAAGGGCUGGCUCAUAUCUUGCGCCAGAGGUUGGUUAGGCUUUACGACGAAUAUAUUACUAGCAUGAUCAGGCGAUCUCAAACCCACUGGACGACAGCAAGUAUUGGGAUCAGCCGCGAAUGGGCAGGCUGGGCCCAUGGCACGUAUACUGCCUUUUGUCGGCGUUUUGGCGAACAUGCGACCGCGGCUGUACCCAAUGGUCGCUGUUGGAAUAACGAACUACUUCUACCAGCCCAGGAUCAGCUCAUCCACAAUUGGGACAAUAUACAGAAUUGGUUGCAAAUGCAGGAAGCGACCUUCGCGAAUAAUUCCUUCAACGUUUUCAGCAGAUGCCGCGGAGCAAUUGAUGCGCAUAUCCAUCUUGCACCGCGCGCCCUCCAAAAUCUGCAACGAAGCAUGGAUCUCAGAAAGAAAUGUGUUGAAGAUCAUGUGAUGAAUUCCUUGCAGAAGAUCAAGCAAAUUUCACAGUAUGAGUUCCCAACCAUGGGUUAUCGCAAACACUAUUCUGACUUGGUCUAUAGAAACACAAAGCGAGACAUGGCUUAUGGGCAUGCCAGCUCGUAUAUUUCGGGCCUGAUGCAGCCUGCAUACGCCAGGACCAACCAAGAAGGAGGAACGGGAAGUGACAGACGCCGGAAAAACAUCAUGAAUGACCAUUUGACGCAUUCCAUGCUUUUUGCCAAUCUCUCUAAUGUGGCUGGCAGAGAAUAUAUCGAGGCCCUUGAUAAGUGUUUCAAUGAGCUACAGAGGAAAGUCACUGAGGAAGUAGAAUGCCUGGUGAGAGACCUGAACGCUGUGAUUGCGGUUGAAGGUCGUCUUUCAGAAGCGGAAAAAGCGACUACAGUAGCCGAGGCGCUUAGAUGUCGAUUUCAGGCGACAGAAGACAUCUUGGAAAGGGCCCAGACUAUUGUGCGGGAGCUCAAUCCAGAACCCUGA